AUGGCAAAAUCACAGAAUAUCCCAGAAAUCAUCCUUCUGUGCAUGGAGGAGAAGUUCAUCACGGCAUUCAACGAAGCUCUCCCGACGUAUUGGCCAUCCUUCGCAGAAAACCCGAAGAUCAAGAUUACCGUGCUUAACAUGGGACUCCAUGCGGUCCCUACCACGGCCAAGUUCCAAUUAGUUGUCUCACCUGCCAACUCCUACGGCCGCCUGGAUGGUGCCUUUGAUGAUGCGAUCUCACGGAACUUCUGUCGUCCAUAUCAUCCUUAUGACAUGCUCACGCGCGCAGCGCAGCAAGUGCUCUACGAAAAAUGGAGAGGCUUUGCGCCCCCAGGAUCUUGCACGCUGGUCCCGUUCCCUAAAGAUAUGGCAGGCACAAAUGCUUGGGGCUGUAAAUGGGUAGCGAUUUGUCCGACCAUGAGAGCGCCAGAUAACGUCACGUGGGACCGAGAAGUAGUGUACGAGUGUGUGUGGAGUUUGCUAUGUCAAGUGGAAGGCUGGAACCAUGACCGAUCCAAGGACAGGAUUGACACUAUACUGAUGACACCACUGGCGACGGGAGUUGGACGUGUAAGUCCUGAGAAAUGGGCAUCACAGUUUAUCCUAGCAAUGAAGCACUUCGUGGAUGCGUUGGAACGACCGGAGAGGUGGAGUCGCUUGGACUGGGGGGAGAUUGAAAAGGAUGUGAUGGAGGUCGAAAAAACGUGGAAAGAAUAA